GCUUGUGGUGUGGUUGGUCAUCUUUCUCUUGGUAGACUGCUGAGACUGUGAUAGAACAGAAUCAUGGUAAUUAUCAUUAUUAACCCUUUGGAUACAGGUUUAGUUUUUUAACUGAGAUUACGUGUUUUAGUUUUAUUGGUCAGAAUAAUUAACAUUUUUUAUUGUUUACAUUUUAAGGUUAAAGACAUAACAAUAAUAAUGAUAAAGAUUUCAACGACUUUAUGAAUAUAGAUUCUAUACAAAAAAAACUUCUUUUUUUUUUAAAUUAUAGAAAUAAAAAAAAAAUGAAGAAACUUAGCUUGUACUUAAAUUAUAAAAUACGUAUAAAAAUACAUUUUCAGAAAGACUUGCAUUCAACCGUGUUGGUUUUGAUGAUCGUGUUGGGGGUUACACAUACUUCACCUACUGAGAACUAUCGAAAAAAGAGUGGAGGUGAGUUUGUAGAUUUCAAACAAAGUGUUCCUAUUCGGAGAAUUUCAAGUAAAAUGACAAGAAUCUCAAAGUUCUACACUGACUUACACCAAAAAUGACAAGAAUCUCAAAGUUCUACACCGACUUACACCAAAAAUGACAAGAAUCUCAAAGUUCUACACCGACUUACACCAAAAAUGACAAGAAUCUCAAAGUUCUACACCGACUUACACCAAAAAUGACAAGAAUCUCAAAGCUCUACACCGACUUACACCAAAAAUGACAAGAAUCUCAAAGUUCUACACCGACUUACACCAAAAAUGACAAAAAAAUUCAAGCCGAAAAAUAAUUUUCUUAUGUCGGAAAAAAUAAUUUGAUGCACUUUAUAUUAAAUUAUAUUAUAUCUAUGUGGUUUAUUAUUAUUAUUAUUAUUAUUAUUAGUAGUAGUAGUAGUAGUAGUAGUAGUAGUUUUAUCUAGCGCAAUUCCCAAGACUCGGGCAGGACUCACCACGCUGUACAUACAAUUUAACAAACAUAAUCAUGAACUUAAAAAUUAACAUACAUUAAUUAAAUUAAAAAAAACAACAAAAAAACAAAUGUAUGUACACUCCACCAAUUCCACCAAAAAGAAAGGAUCCUUAAUAUUUUUUACACGAGAAGCAAAUCCCUCCACCGAGAUAUCACCUUCAACUCAAGUGGUAUAGGGACUUGCUAGAAACUUCCCAUGAUGUUAAUAAUAACCAAAAACACGAGAAGGAAGAGCUGCCCUAAGUUGUUCAUUUAAGAUAAUUGAGGCAGGUCUUAUUUACGAUAAGACAAGAUCUCACUAAAGCUCUUUCACCUUGCAAACAAUGGCAAACUCGUCGUUUUAAUCACAAGGGAUAGACUUCAAUACAGGAUGUGACGUGCACAACCGACACCAAAGAACAUCGACAGCGGUAGACAUGAAAGAUGGCGUCCGAACUGUACUGCUCUGGAAACUCUGGGUGACACAUUUGAGUCCGAUCUGUACUGCUCUGGAGACUCUGGGUGACACCUUUGAGUCCGAUCUGUACUGCUCUGGAGACUCUGGGUGACACAUUUGAGUCCGAUCUGUACUGCUCUGGAGACUCUGGGUGACACCUUUAAGAUCCAAUUCCUUGAGCCGUGUAUAUGCAUUCCUUUUAUUUCAUAACAUUGAAAGACCAUUUGGCUUGGUCGACUCACUAUUCAUUUUCCACAUAGAAAAAUAUAGCGCAUCAUUUUCCUUAUUUGCCUCACCCUUGACAACAAAAAAAAGCGAUGCAUGUCAGUAACCCAAACAGCUAAGUAGCUAACUUGUCACACGUAGUAUAGCCGCAUGGUCGCAAGGCGCACAUUUCUCUGACGCAACAGCGCUGGUCUUUACUAGGCCGUGAGUGGUCAGAACUUUUCCAUCGCCUCUUGAAUGCCCCUCUGUUGCCGCAUUUCUCUUCUCUUCCAUUCUUUUCCUCCCCAUUUUAUUUACUCUUACAGAAGGAUGUCGUGUACACGGGAGACUAUACGGUGAUAACGAGAUGUUCUCCAUACCUGACCAGUCCCGUUGUUUGCGGUACAGAUGUAACAAUGGAGAGUAUACCCUUGUGGAAGAAGGUAUGUCGGAGAGUAUACCCUUGUGGAAGAAGGUAUGUCGGAGAGUAUACCAUAGUAAAAAUGUAGGUCGGAGAGUAUACCAUAGUACAAAUGUAGGUCGGUGAGUAUUCCAUAGUAUACAUAUAGGUCGGAGAGUAUUCCAUAGUACACAUGUAGGUUGGAGAGUAUACUAUAUUACACAUGUAGGUCGGAGAGUAUUCCAUAGUACAAUGUAGGUCUGAAAGUAUUCCAUAGUACACGCGUAGGUCGGAGAGUAUACCAUAGUACAAAUGUAGGUCGAAGAUUAUACCAUAGUAAAAAUUUAGGUUUGAGUGUAUACCAUGGUAUACAUGUAGGUCGGAGAGUAUACCAUAGUAAAAAUGUAGGUCGGAGAGUAUUGCAUAGUACACAUGUAGGUCGGAGAGUAUUCAAUAGUACACGCGUAGGUCGGAGAGUAUACCAUAGUACAAAUGUAGGUCGAAGAUUAUACCAUAGUAAAAAUUUAGGUUUGAGUGUAUACCAUAGUAUACAUAAAGGUCGGAGAGUUGGUCAUAGUGAAAAUGUAGGUCGGAGAGUAUAUGAUAGUAAAAUUGUAGGUCGAAGAAGUACAAAUGUACAACGAAGAGUAUACUAUUAUACAAAAACGAACUUCAGAAAGUGUACAAUUGUACAAGAAGGAACUUCAGAAAGUGUACAAUUGUACAAGAAGGAACGUCAGAAAGUGUACAAUAGUACAAUAAAUUAGAUCGCGCUAUAAUUUUUUAAAGUUCAUGAUUAUGUUUGUUAAAUUGUACGUACAGCGUGGUGAGCCCAACCCUAGGUUGGGUUAGCACGCUAUAAAAACACACUUAUAAUUAUAAGAAUAAUAAUACUAAUAAUAAUAAUAAUAACAGCUUUUUCGUUUAAGUUAUAGUAUCUAAUGAAAUGACUGGACAAUCUAGUACUUGCCGGGGUCGUAAGAGAGUAAUCUAAGACCUUCAUCAGAAUAUGUGUGUCAGUUAGGGUCAUGACAUGACUGGAAGAUCUAUUGUCAUGACAUGACUGGACUUCUUACCCUAAUGAAAUUACUGGACCAACUAGUCUAAUGACAUUACUUGACCAACUAGUCUAAUGACAUUACUUGACCAACUAGUCUAAUGAUACGAGUGGGACACUUAGUUUAAUGACAUAACUGGACAACCUAGACUAAUGACAUUAUUGGACAACCUAGACUAAUGACAUUACUGGACAACCUAGUCUAAUGACAUUACUGGACAACCUAGUCUAAGGACAUUACUGGACAACCUAGUCUAAUGACAUUACUGGACAACCUAGUUUAAUGACAUUACUGGACAAUCUAGUCUAAUGACAUUACUGGACAACCUAGUCUAAUGACAUUACUGGACAACCUAGUCUAAUGAUAUUACUGGACAACCUAGUCUAAUGACAUUACUGGACAACCUAGUCUAAUGAUAUUACUGGACAACCUAGUCUAAUGACAGACAUUCCUUGACAACCUAGUCUAAUUACAUUACAGGGCCACCUAUAGUCUAAUGACAAGAGAGGACCACCUAGUCUAAUGACAUUACUGGACAACCUAGUCUAAUGACAUUACAGGGCCACCUAUAGUCUAAUGACAAGAGAGGACACCCUAGUCUAAUGACAUUACUGGACAACCUAGUCUAAUGACAUUACUGGACAACCUAGUCUAAUGACAUUACUGGACAACCUAGACUAAUGACAUUACUGGACAACCUAGUCUAAUGACAUUACUGGACCAACUAGUCAAAUGAUAUUACUGGACAACCUAGUCUAAUGACAUUACUGGACAACCUAGUCUAAUGACAUUACUGGACAACCUAGUCUAAUGACAUUACUGGACAACCUAGUCAAAUUACAUUCCUGGACAACCUAGUCUAAUGACAUUACUGGACAACCUAGUCUAAUGACAUUACUGGACAACCUAGUCAAAUUACAUUCCUGGACAACCUAGUCUAAUGACAUUAAUGGACAAUCUAGUCUAAAGACAUUACUGGAAACCUAGUCUAAUGACAUUACUGGACAACCUAGUCUAAGGACAUUACUGGACAACCUAGUCUAAUGACAUUACUGGAAAACCUAGUCUAAUGACAUUACUUUAAAACCUAUUCUAAUGACAUUACUGGGCAACCUAGUCUAAUGAUAUCACAGGGCCACCUAUAGUCUAAUGACAAGAGAGGACCACCUAGUCUAGUGACAUGACAAGACCGCCUAGUCUAAUGACAUUACUGGACAACCUAGUCUAAUGACAUUACUGGACAACCUAGUCUAAUGACAUUACUGGACAACCUAGUCAAAUUACAUUCCUGGACAACCUAGUCUAAUGACAUUACUGGACAACCUAGUCUAAUGACAUUACUGGACAACCUAGUCAAAUUACAUUCCUGGACAACCUAGUCUAAUGACAUUAAUGGACAAUCUAGUCUAAAGACAUUACUGGAAACCUAGUCUAAUGACAUUACUGGACAACCUAGUCUAAGGACAUUACUGGACAACCUAGUCUAAUGACAUUACUGGACAACCUAGUCUAAUGAUAUUACUGGAAACCUAGUCUAAUGACAUUAAUGGACAAUCUAGUCUAAAGACAUUACUGGAAACCUAGUCUAAUGACAUUACUGGACAACCUAGUCUAAGGACAUUACUGGACAACCUAGUCUAAGGACAUUACUUUAAAACCUAUUCUAAUGACAUUACUGGGCAACCUAGUCUAAUGAUAUCACAGGGCCACCUAUAGUCUAAUGACAAGAGAGGACCACCUAGUCUAGUGACAUGACAAGACCGCCUAGUCUAAUGACAUGACUGGACAUUGGCCUAAUGACAUACAUAUCUGGACCACCUGGCCCAAUGACAGGACAGGACCACUGAUCCAAUGACAUGACAAUGACCAAAUGAUUCAUUGCUUGGGAAACUUAAUAAACGCCAUAAUAAACCCAUAUCUCUAAACCUGUUGGCCAAAAGACUUCGGGACUGUCCUUGGAGUCCUUUAAGUCAGCGAAAGAAGUGUCGCAGGUUGUGUCCUUUGUGGGAGGCGGUAGGUGUAAAGAUCCUAUUUAACGGCUCACAUUUUUUUAAAGUUAUAAAAAUAAAAUCUGAAACUGGUGGCGAUGUUUAACUCUCCGUAGUGAUGGAUGGAUUCUGACAGAAGAUCUCACUUAGCAGCGUAUAAUAUUCAUAAUGUGACAUAGAAUUUUAAAUCUCAGUUAACUGUUCAUCAUCAAGGCCAUCCAUAAAUGAGCUUCGUCAUGGAUCGAUGAUCUCAUGUGAAAGAUCUUUUAAUCGAACGUCAUUUACUAGUCCAAAAAAAUAAUAAAUCAGUUUUAAGAAUACAUUGACACCGUGUCAGAGAAAUCACUGCAAAAUUAUGCAGUGUGGUUUAGGACAGGCAGAAUAAUAGAAGGAAGAAUAGAAAGUACGCGUUGAUUGGAUGGAAACAAAAAAAGGUGUGGAGAUAAGGCCCGGGGAUCAUUGGAAGAAUAGGCCCGGGGAUCAUGGGAGAAUAGGCCCGGGGAUCAUGGGAGAAUAGGCCCGGGGAUCAUGGGAGAAUAGGCCCGGGGAUCAUGGGAGAAUAAGCCCGGGGAUCAUGGGAGAAUAGACACGGGGAUCAUGGGAGAAUAGGCCCGGGGAUCAAGGGAGAAUAGGCCCGGGGAUCAUGGGAGAAUAGGCCCGGGGAUCAUGGGAGAAUAGGCCCGGGGAUCAUGGGAGAAUAGGCCCGGGGAUCAUGGGAGAAUAGGCCCGGGGAUCAUGUGAGAAUAGGCCCGGGGAUCAUUGGAAGCGCAUUUAUGUUUAUUUUCAUUUAAUAAGUGGGAUGAGACGGGGAGUUGUUGUUUUUCUGCUCAAUGUGGCGAAGACGUUCGCUAAACCUAUCCGCCAAUCGUCGUUCAUUUUUACCAAUUUAGCGCAUUUGAUAAUUAACUGUAGAUCUAUAACAUAUUAUUUAUAUUUGCCUUUCUAUAAGUUUAUAUUAUAAGCAGAGUUAAUAAAGGCGAAUGUGUUGUAUGUUGUUGCGUGUGUGCAAACACAUUUUAUGUUCUUCUCAUUUCCCUAUGACACUAUGUAUUCACGUUCACCUUUGCCAGGGGGGGGGGGGGGGGGGGGGGUGGGGGGGGGGGGGGGGGGGUUGGUGUAGACACACUUGGUACAAGAGAUUUCGAAAAUAACGUAAGUGAGACUAGCAUAAUAUGUGUCUCUUUAUAACUAUCAAUCUUCAUAGUAAGACUAUAUCCUCCCGCCCCCCCCCAAUCGCCACUAACCCCAUUCAUCAUAGCGGGCCUAUAUCUCUUUCACUAAUUACAAUAAUCAUAGUGAGACUGUGUCCUUCACAAAUUCCAAUCAUCAUAGUUAGACUAUCAGAAACAUAUUAUAUUCUCCACCUGUUGAACCCAUCUCAUUCCUGCCAUCAGGCUGUGAGUUCAAUGACGUGUGUAAGCCUUUGGGUGCGGAGUAUACACACGAGUGCUUGGACUAUCGCUGUACGAAGACUCCGAUGAACAACCACUUUGCUUACUUUUCAGCGAUCAUUAAAACUGGUAAGUAGGCUUGUUGGCGUGAUAACUUAAAAUAAGUAGAGUGGGCCAGUGGCAUCAUUGGUGGGGACUGUAGCAUCAUUAGUGGGGCAGUAGCAUCAUUAGUGGGGCAGUAGCAUCAUUAGUGAGAGAGUAGCAUCAUAAGUGAGGUUGUAAAAUCAUUAGUGGUGCAGUAGCAUCUUUAGUGGUGCAGUAGCAUCAUUAGUGAGGCAGUAGCAUCAUUAGUGAGGCAGUAGCAUCAUUGGUGAGGCAUUAGCAUCGUCAAUGGGGCAGUAGCAUCAUCGGUGGGGCAGUAGCAUCAUUAGUGGUGUGCGGACUGCUAAUAACUGCUGAAAAUUACUGGCUGGCGCCCAUUCCCAAAUGAAGCACUUUCAAUGAAUUAUUUAACUUAGGGGCCGUCCAUAAAUUAUGUCAACAAAAUAGGGGUUGUUUGGACAUGUUUGACAUUUGUUGACAGGGGGGGGGAGUGAGGUUAGAUUAGUUGCCGUCAUUUUUUCUCUAUUAAAUUAAAAUUGACUGGCUAUUACAUUAUUUUUUUUUUGUAAAUAAUGAGUGUAAAUCGUCAUAUAAUUUUUUAAAAAGAUAUUUUGUCUUAACCUUUUAAUUUGAUUCAGCAUUAUGAAAUGUAAGUGUAAAAACGUGUUACCUUGUUGAUUAACACGCUAAAGAUGCAAUACAAUGUUUUCCCUACAAUUUUGUUUCAUUAACAGAUCAGCGCGAAGUAAAAUGUAUUUAUAAAUUUAUUUAUAUUACAAUUCAUUUGGGAGGGGGGGGGUUAAUAAAAUGUUGACAUAAAUUAAAUUGGGGUGGGGGGAGUCACUAAACUUUUGACAUUUAUUGACAAAAAUUGUUGAUGUAAUUAAUGGACGAACCCUUAUCUCUGUGUGUGUGGGGGGGAGGGGGGGGGAGGUAUUUAAACACAAAACUUAAAAAAACCAAGUGGAAAGGUAAACUUUUGUAGAAUCAAAAGACUGGUCAAAACCUUACGUUUUUUUUUUGAUAUAGACAAAAAGGACUAAAAAAAUUCUCCAAAUAUUCUUUCGAACUUUUCAAUUGAAAACUUUACUGCAUUGGGCGAGAACUUAACCCUUGUGCCUCCACAGGAGAUGGGAGCCAAAAUAUAUUAGAGGGCGUUGCACUCUUGAACAAAAGAAUAAAAGAAGAAAUGUAUUUAAAGUUAAAGCCGUCGUUAUAGCGUCGGUUAGUACGAUGAUGACGACACGUGUUGCAAGCGUCGUUGUUGUCUGAAUACACAGAGCUGCUUUGUGUGACGCAGCUUUUCUUGCCGAGUUAGGAGUCAUAAAGUAACAUUUAUUGGUAGUAUAUAUAUAUAUAUAUAUAUAUAUAUAUAUAUAUAUAUAUAUAUAUAUAUAUUUUAUAUAUAUAGAGNAGAGAAAUACCCAAAUACCCAAAGACCCUGACCCAUCUCAUCUUUGAUAAUAAAUCUAAUUAUACAGCGUGUUGUGUACAUGUCUAGCCAAUAACAUUAUGAUUUUUCUAUAUUAAAAAAAAAAACUCACGUGAAACCCCAGCUGGCGGUCAAUAGCGCCACCGUUCUAACUGCGGCUCUGUUGUAUUUUUCAGCGUGCAGAGACUUCAAGGGUGGCUGCCACAAGGUAGAUGCUAAUCAUUUUUAUGAAGAUAAACAAGAUGGAAAUGAGUAUCCUCGUUGCUACUGUGACGGCUCUGUUCAAAGAGGCCAAUCCAUCUGCUAUUAAUAUACAGUUUUCACCAACACCUUACGUCCCAGUCGGUCAAUGAUAGGUGGGAAAUUCGCUACAAGUUUUUAUUUGCUAUGAUUUACUGACAUGAAUAAAAUACACAUUCAUUGAGAAUACAAAAUCGCCGUAUCUUUGUCACAACAUCUACUGUUUUGUAUUGCAAGAUUAGGGAGAGUUUAAAUACUGUAAUGUAAAAUAAACCUCCUAUACAUAAAAAUA